GCACGUUCAACUACUAACACACCGUACAACGCGGCUGCUCAGCUCAAAGCACGCAGGAGCAAUGUCAGCCAGCUACUCCACACCCGAGUACACACACUGCAUACGCGAUGCGCGCUUCCGCCGCAGCGUAUACGAGCCGGAGGCGGACACAUUUUUGUUUCUGGAGGCGCUGGACAAGGACACCGACCUGCUGCGUCAGCUCUCCCCGAGCCGCUGCAUCGAGAUUGGGUGCGGCUCCGGCACCGUCAUCACCCAUCUGCGAUGCCGGCUAAUGCCGUCUUCUUCUGGUGCAAAUGCUGAAGGUGCGGAAGAAGAACAACCUUCGGAGCGUCACAGCACCGCCGCGGCAUCUACUGUCGUCGGAGGCCCGCUGUUCUGUGCGGUGGACGUCAACCCGCUGGCUCUCGAGGCCACCGGCAUAACGUGGACAGAGACGCUCCGCAAACACUUCACUUCCGCUGUUCUCGCAGAUCACUUUAGCCGCCUAUUCCAUACCGAUGUCCCGACGUUGCUGGCGGCACCGGUGGUCGCCGUUGCCUCCUCUGGGAACCAGAGUGUCGAAGAAGAAAGAGAAGCGAGCAACUCACCUUCACCGUCUGUGUCGACGCCGUUUCCAAGAAGGGUUGCGACAGCGACUAGUGUCGGUAGAACCUCUAGUGGCAUCUCAAAUGUGCUCCUGUCCACGUAUUGCCUGCGGCGCUUUCAAGGCGAUCUGUUUGAUCCUGUACGCCGCUCAUUGGGCGAGAAGGAUGCCGUCUUCGACGUGAUUCUGUUCAACCCGCCAUAUGUUCCCACUUCUCUUGAGGAACUCGAAGAGGCCAUCGCACAGAAGGACGUCAUUACGGCAGCCUGGUGCGGUGGCCCGCGUGGACGUGUUGUGCUGGAUCGUUUCGUGCGCCAGCUUCCCGCGGCGAUGUCUCGACGUGGGACGUGCUACCUUGUCCUGGUUACGGAAAAUGAAGUGGCGGAUGUGAUGGACUUUGCGCAGCGGGCGUUUCGAGCGUACCUGGAACAAACAGGGGUGGCUGUGCCGGAAGGAGACGUGCUGGAGACCGUCGAGGUGGCUGCGCGGUAUACCGGGGAACACUUAUCGGUCCACCGCCUGCGGUACGUGUCUCCGCUUCGAGAUGCGGUUCCCCCUCCUCUGUGA